GGUCGGUCCGCAGCGGGCGGGCCACCGUCCCUUCCCAGCGAUCGGGGUCCGUUUCCCCGGUUCGGAGCCCGACCUGACGGAGCCGAGCACCCGGGACUUUGGGAAUGUAAAGGUGAACAAGACAUCAGGAACUCCUGGUCUGAUAUACUUUUGACAUCAUGGAUCGAUAUGGAGAUAUAUCAGAAGGUGAAGUGGACCAUUCUUUCUUUGACAGUGAUUUUGAAGAUGCAAAAAAGUGUGACAGUAAUUUAGUUUUUGACAAGCAAAAUGAUAACCUUAAGGAAAGAAUAGAUAAGGACACCAAAAAUGUAAACUUGAAAUUUGAAAUACAAGAUGAUGACCUUAAAGAGAGAAUAGAUAAUGAUACCGAAAAUGUGAACUUGGAACUUGGAAUCAAAACAAAGGAAAAUUACCUUACUCAGAAAGGAAAUGAAAGAAAAGCAAAAGUUUCCUCAAAGGAAUACCAUGUAGAAAAUGAUCCUACACAAUCAAGAAGUUCCUCGUUGUCGACCGCUUCUUCAAGAUCAAAAAAAUCGUGUGAUGAUGCAAAAGGACAUAAAUUACACUUGUCUGUUGCAAAUAGAAUUCCUAAAAUUGUAAAAGGUGAGGACGAUUACUACACAGAUGGAGAGGAAAGCAGUGAUGAUGGGAAAAAAUUCCAUGUGAGGGCCAAGUCAGCUAAGCCCUCCAACAACUUAAAAAAAAAUGCAAAUAAAAAGUAUUCCAAAAUCAGCUCCUCCUCUUCUUUGUCUUCCUCAUCUUCAAGGUCAAGUUCAGACUGCUCAGACACAGGAUCUGAUACCCAUAAAUCUGAUUCACGCUCAUCAUCAAGGAAACAUGCUUCUGGUGUAACCCUCUCGUCACCAAAACAGAGGUGUAAAUCAGGAAGAAAAUCAGUGACUACACAGCCUGCAAGUGCUAAACCAAAAGCUGGUAACUACAAUGAGGAAUCAGAGGAUGCUGUAACAGACGUAACUCCUUUGUCAACACCAGACAUCAGCCCUAUCCAGUCCUUUGAACAAGGCACGUCACGUGAUCAGAAAGUAAAAGUUAAAAGGCAAGAAAAUGUGAGCCGGGAUGUGUAUGAGGAUGUGGAGGCUUUAAAACAUGAGCCAAGACCUCUGAAAUCAGCCAGAAGGAAAGAAAAGCAAGGGCAGAAUUUUGCUCCAAAAUCAUCAGUGUUAGAUGCAAAUCUAGACCAUAGAUCCAAACAGAAAGUCUUACAUGACACCAUGGACCUUAAUCAUCUGCUGAAAGCUUUUCUGCAGUUAGAUAAAAAGGGACCACAAAAACAUCACUUUGAGCAGCCUUCUGUAAUGCCCAGGAAAAACUACUCUUUCACAAGAGAAGAGGUGAGACAGAUCGAUCGGGAAAAUCAGAGGCUUCUGAAAGAACUGUCAAGACAGGCUGAAAAACCAGGAAGCAAAAGUACAAUUCCCGGAAGAUCGAUUGGCCAUCCCCCUAAGUUAUAUCAUAGUGCUCUCAACAGACAGAGGGAACAGCAAAGGAUUGAAAGAGAAAAUUUGGCUUUAUUGAAACGGCUUGAAGCUGUGAAACCAACAGUUGGCAUGAAGCGCUCUGAACAGCUGAUGGACUAUCAUCGAAAUAUGGGUUAUCUCAACCCUUCACCAUCCAUUAGACGAGUGAGAUCCACUCUUGGCCAUUAUAGCCCACUGAGAGGAGCUUCCAGGACAUCCAGUGCGACCAGUGGCUUCAGUUGUAAGACCGAUCGAUCAAUGUUGGAGGCAACCAGUGGCUUUUUGCUAAGACCGAAACCCCCGAAUGUUCGUACUGCUUGGUUGUAAAACCUUUUUUUACAUUGUUCAUCUUAUUUUAACAAUGUAUUUUUAUGUAUUACUGUAACUCUUUGUAAACAUCUGUAAUACUUUUUUCAACAAUUUAUACAAUAAUGAGUAUAAUUUAUUGUUAUUCAGCACAAAAUUGUUACCAAAACACACUUUGAUGUAAAAAUCAGUGUUUCGUAUGGUGGCGUGUGUAUAGGAACUCUGUGUGUUUAACAGAGAGCGGUGUUGUGCAUGGCUCUUUGCGUGGAAAUUCACUAGUGAUGCUGACAAACGCUGAUGAUCCCUGUGGAGCCAGGACACUCACUCUGCUUACUCUGUUGUUCUCAGUUAUUGUAAGCAUGACUGUAUGCGUCUCAUGCCUCUGUGUCUUCAGAGUGCCUGCCACCUGAGCCAUCACUUGGUUAUGUGAUUGUUACACUCCUUAUGAAAAACGUCUUGAAAUUUGUUUUCAUGGACGAGCUGAUUUCUAUUUGAUGAGGAGGGUGAGCAGCUUGUACUGGUGCAGUUCUUGAUUCAACAAAGGUUCCUCUGUUAAAGUUUGUUGGCCACUCCACACCAUUUCACACUGGAUAACUGUUUUUAUGCAGUCAGGUAAAGUACUCACGGAUUCUGAGGAAAGAGGUGGCUUUAACAGCCUACUGUAAUCCUGUGGCUGGUUUGUAGCCAGAUCAUUUGCAUCAUAAACAAAAGCAAAUAUUUGUUGGGUCAGUGAGCAAUAUUCCCAGCUUGAAGAACCAAGAAGCAGCCCCAGGGUAUGUUAGCGAGUGUCUGAAAUGAUACUGUUAGUGUGUACUUGCUGUAUUAAUAGAAGGUUAGAGCCCGGAAGAAACGCUUUAGAAAGACCAGUUAUAAACAAGAAAAACUAAUCACACAUUUCUUACAGCUACUGCCUUAAACAUUUGUGAAUUUUCUUGGUUUAUUUUGGCUAAAUCCGAGAAGCACCAUUUUUACUAGUCUGAUAUCUGAAGGCCUAUUUAUCCUGCUGGGCUCGUGACACAUGACACAUAGAUGCAAUAAAUAUAGUUGACUAUGAAGACUGAAAUAUGUUUGUGUCAGCCUGUAGACUGUUACUUUAUGAACAAAUUGAUAUUUCAUAGUCAUAACUUUUUCAUUGCUGGUCUUGUUAGUGUACCUUUAGGACGUAUAAAUAAAUUUCAUAGUCAGUGACACGUUUUUCUUGAAAUAGGAAUUAUCUCCAGCCACAGUGAGCUCUGUCAAGUUUCAGUGCUCCUGCAGUGUGGCAUCUCUGCCACACCUGCAUCUCCCUAGUUAGCACCAAGGCCGCCUGCACUUUACCAAUGCCAGGUCAUACGAUGUUGGUCUUAGUUUAAUAGGUUGUGUUUUAGAUAGAGCAGCAAAGGUUGGGAAUGAUGAGGCUCAAAAGAUUGCUGAGCACAUACACCACACACACAUAUGGUAAAUGUGCAUACACCACACACACACAUACACAAACACACACAUAUGGUAGAUGUGCAACACCACACACAUACACAAAUACACAUACAUAUGGUAAAUAUGCAUACGUCACACAAUACACAAACACACCCAUACAUACGGUAGAAGUGCAUACACCACGCACAUACACAAACACAGCACGCACACACCACACACACAGUGGAUGGAACACAGCAUGACUGAAGGUUUCUCUGCUGCUUCCUGGGGACUGUAACAUUAUUUGAGAUCUGUCUCUUUGUUCUAGUAAACAAGAUUUUAUAGCUGCUUUAUAUAACCUUCAGCUAUAUAAACAAAGGUUUUAUUUUUGUCUGAAUUUUUUAACUUUUAAAGUUUGUGUGACAACAAAAUGCAGCAUUUUGGCAUUUGCCCAAUAGUGAGUCAGUCACUUUUUACAAUGUAAGUUUGAGGGGAAAAGUGUGUAUAUAUAAAACAUUUUAUGUUCCCAGUGGCAUAGCCUGUGAGUACAUUUUAUUUGAUCUCUCCAAGUUCCAUAGAUAAAGCUGUACUUUGAUUUUAAAUGCUAAUUUAUGCCUUAGUUUUUACUAUUUGAAAUAAGUUUGUCUAAGUAUUACUGAUAACAGGGAUUCAAGAAAAGGGCAACCAUCUUUUAAAAACAACUCACAGUGUUGUAAAUGCUACGUGAUGGUGAUAGGUGGAUGGGUAGGGACUCCAGACAGAAUUCUCUGAUGUGAGCUAAGGUGAGGAGGCAUUUGUAGCGGAGGUGUCGUGAGUGCAGGAGUGUCUCCAACUUCCCCAGCACAGUAAACACUGUGGAGCGCUGUGGGCAGGGGCCGGCUUAUUCUUACUGAAGCUCCGCACCUGCAGCUGCAAAGCGUGCUGGUCCGUGGCCAGAGCUCACUGAGAACUGUUCUCAUCUCCGUCAGAUGUUAUUACCUCCUUUUCUAGUAAGAUUUGGUCAAAGAUUUCAAACUAUUAAAAUUAUUUCUUAAGGAGUAGCUACUACCUCUUUCUCCCCCAGUUCUUUCGGUCUCCAUUAAGAACUGCUCUUGACAGUUAUCCCACUAAACUUUGUGGUCUGCCUGUAAAAUAAAGCCAUGCAGCCGUGUCCCACCCAAGCCUCAAAACGGAUUGCACAGCUUCGAAAGGCGACUGUCUAGGUCUGCUUCUCACCUCCAGAUGGAUGCAGCAGCUCUAGAGUAUUAAGGCUGAUGUAGAGCUGAAGAUGAAACUUUAUCUUAGUUAGCAAUCAAACACUGUGUCAUCUUAAUGUAAGUGACUGUAUACCGUCAUAGAAUGUGCUCACUGCUAAUGGCUGAAUUGCUUAUGUUCAUGAAUAAAGAUUAGCAAACUUUUAAACCA